GAAUAGUUAGUUUCAAACGAUUUAUUUUUAAGGAAAUGUCUAAAAAAAUCCAGGCAAAACUUAGAUGGGAACUAACRACAUGUGUGCGUGGUGUUGUCACCUCUAAACAUUUCCCCACCGACCAGGCGGUGGUGUUUUGACAGCGCACGGACGCAGCGCCGCCACUUCUCUUUGAUUAAAUUAGUAAACUAGAUAAUGGCAGUGGAACCGAGGGGCCAGGAAUAAAUGUCGAGGACAGAACUUCAUGUUUAAGCGCCAAAAGACACACUAAAACGAAGUUACUUUAGCUGAAGCAAUUCGCUGCCACAAGCUAGCACCAAGCUAACCAAGAGCAGCCGGGCCAAACAGUUUGGGAAUUCUUCGGCUUUUGUCAACUUCAUUAAUUCGCAAGGUAUUUGUUUGUCACAUGACCUCACACCGCUAGUUGUCUAUGCCAAAAAUGUCCACGACUUUGGAUAAAGAAUUACAGGAGCGGCUGAGAGAAGCUUCUGCUAUCGGAGAUAUCGAGGAAGUGCGGUCGCUGCUGGAGAGCGGGGUAAAUGUCAAUUCGCAAAACGAAAUCAAUGGAUGGACAUGCCUGCACUGGGCUUGCAAGAGGAACCAUAAGCACAUAGUGUCCUACUUACUUAGCUGUGGUGCGGAUAAAGAAAUCCUCACGGCUAAAGACGAGUUGGCGUCACAGUUAACGUCCAAACCAGAGAUCAAGCGACUUUUAGGAGUUGAAGUGGAAGAAGUGCCUGAAGUCAAGGAGCCCGAGUUGCCAAUCAUCCCAAAUUAUCUGUCCAACCCACCCUUUAUGUAUUCCAAGAUGGACAAGUCAGAGAUCAUCCAGAACCACGCACAAAACGGCUCUAGAGAAUACACUGAGGACACCCAGAGUGAUUCCACCUCCCUUUCCUCGACGGAUGAGCUUCAGAAAUCCCAGAGUCUGGUCUCUAAUGGCCCUACUCCUCCUCCAAGCCUGGCUGUCAACCACAGUCAGCCCCCAGCUAGUGAGUUUAUCCACGUUUUUGAGCAAAACGGCGUGGCCUCACCCCACAACCACGCUAUUGCCAACAGCACAGUGCCUAUGGAUCUGUCAGUUGAGCCUCACCUGGUCAACCACUCUGAUUACCCCCAUGUUGUGGCACACAACGGUGCUGUGGGUUCGCCUCCUUCGGCGCCAACGUGUCCUGGCUUGGCWAGCAACGGCGGCGCCCAGGUUCAGCCCCCAGUGGGAAGCACAAACCCGACCAUGAGCAGGCAGCAGUCUAUUCCGCAGCAGCUGAGCUACAGCCAGGGAAAUGGGCCCAUGCCAGCCUUUCAGCCYUUCUUCUUCACCAGCACCUUCCCUGUCAACGUUCAAGAGUUGGUAUUAAAGGUUCGUAUCCAAAACCCAAACGCUCGUGAGAACGACUUUAUUGAAGUGGAGCUGGAUCGUCAAGAACUCACCUACCGGUCCCUGCUGAGAGUCUGUUGCCGCGAGUUGGACAUCAGUGCCGAGCACGUGGAGAAGAUCCGCAAACUGCCAAACACCUUGCUAAGAAAGGACAAGGACGUGGCUCGGCUGCAGGACUUUCAGGAGCUGGAGGUGGUGUUGGAGAAAGCAGAAGGCCUGUCUCUGUUUUCUGGGGCUGGCGGCCUGACAGAUAGGCCCUGCUACAACAUGAGGGCCUCUCGUCUUACUUACUAACUAGAGCGAGCUCAAACCCAGUGGUCUCCCUGGUUCUGAUGGGCUCCUGUAGCUACCCUCGAGCAACUUGGAAUAGCUGCAGCGCCCAGGUUUCCUGUCGCAGCUCUGGUCAGCUUCGGUGUUUUAACCAAUAAUCCAGCUUGGAUUAGCUUUUUUUAUUGUAGCUAAAAUUAUUCUCCUGUCUUCUUCUUCUGGCCCUUCUGCUGCUUUAAUGUACCCAAACCAGCUCCAACUGCAUUGUCCGCUGAUGCAUGGUAUCCUUGAUUAUGUGCAAAGUAUUUGGGCCCCCUUUCUCUUCUCUUCAGCACUUGUUCCCACUGCAGUUUGUGCCAAGGCUCAAGUAGGUCAACAGAGGGGGGACGCUGACUCGUCUUCCUAAUGGGCUGGACUUGAACGGAACCCUGCAAUCGCCUUACAAGGACACGUUUUUAAUCUGGCUGUGAACUUUAAGAGAAAGAGAAGACAAAGUACAGAAGAUGUCAGAAAGGAUUGACGUUACGUUUACUCAUCGUUAACCACAGAGCAGGACCAGCACAGCAGCUUGGAUUUCCAGAAUCACCUACAGAGUGAUUUAAGAUGUUCUCACUUGUCUACACACUUUUCUACAUGCUUGUGGCCCAAACUGUAGUGUCUAUUAUUAGCCUGAUUGCUAAGGCAAGUUAAGAUUUAGGUAUAUUUGAGUUAAAAGUGCUUUUAUUGGUCAAAACAUGCUUUAAUUUAUAUCCCUUCAUUGCUGGAGUAAAACCAAUUCCACUCCUUAAAAUCAUCUUUGGUAUAUGUAGCUCUGUCCAUUUUCUUUUAUUUUUUUUAAACUGCAAAACAAAAGCCUCAUUUAUAUAGUUAAGAGUAGGGUUCCACCUCACAAAGCAGUUUUUUAUGCUGCAAUGCAUCACAUCCGUUUGGCAUCGUGUUAUAAAGAUGAGUGCUGUCAAAUGUGAAGUGCUCAUUCCAUUUUUGAGUUUUGUUGAUUCUAAGAAAAGUUCAAAGUGUAGCACUUACAGUUAACGUUAUUGUUUCGUUAUAUCAACGUUUCAGCCAUUAAGGCCUUUUUUGAAGAAAAAAACUACUAUCAACAUCCACCGUUUAAGUUUGACACCAAGCUUUCCAUUAGAAAUUUUACAGUUCUCAUCAGUUUAUCUUUUGAUUAGAGUCAAGACCAAAAAUUCAAUCCAACCAGCAAAGACACUAACGUCAGAUCAAAGCUUUCAUUUGCUUCGGUAAAUAAUAUAACUUUGUUUUAUUUUUUUUGCUUGAAGAAAGAAGUGGAAAACAUGGCAAACUGGAUGACUUCGGUUUUGUGAAUGAGCAUUUUUGUGUUCUUCCGGCAUUUAUAGUGAUGUUUUGUUUUGCACUUUAUGUUGAGUUAUUUUUAUGUAACAGAUGAAGAACACAGAACAUCACAGUUCUACUAACGGUUUCAGUUUGAUAUAUUCAGUGCCAGUCGAACAAGUGUUUUUUUUAUUAUUAUUUCUAAGUAAUUUUUUUUGCCUUAGUUAUUGUUUUCUAAUUGAUAGAGAAAUGAUAAAAUGUUACAGAUUCUGUACUGACAUAUUAUAAACACUAAAUAAAUAAUUUAUCUGGUUUAAAGGGUAUGUCGUAUUAGGUGGAGCUGCUGCUUUUAUUAGUCCGUGGUUCAGAAGCUUCACAUUUUUCUAACUGCAGGAAGGGACACCACUCAUGUUAUACAAUCAGCUCAAAGGUAUAGCUCAUACACAUCUCUAUGAUUUUUUUUGCAAUUAAAUUGUGUGUAUUUCUUUAACAAGAUGGAUUUAUGUUUGUGUCAACAGUAAUUUGCAAUUGUGCAAAAGAGUUCAAAAGUGGUGGUAAUAGUACAGAAGUGAUGGUAAUAGUACAGAGGGACAAGGAAAGUGUUUGAGCAAAACUCAUUCACAAGAGUGUAUUUGAUACUCACAGCUAAAAAAUAAAAAAUGUUAAGUGAAGCUGUGCCAUGUGUGGAAGGCUGGGGUUUCAGGAAGUGAAAAAUCUUGUGAGGAAAACAAGGCUUAUGAUGAAAUGAAAUUUAUCUUUUCUUCUGUGUCCUGGUUGAAUGGAAGCUACUUGUUUGCAUUUUUUUAUAAAAUGUGGUUCUGUUGAAAAUAUAUUUGUUUGUGGGUUGCGUAUUGUUCUAGAAAACAACAUAAUACAGUUGAAAUGAACCUAUGCAUCCAGAGUCUGAUAUUUUUCUAUACAGUAGCUGCUGUAAACAUGUAGAAAUAAUAUUAGGCACUGUUAGAAAUUGUCUUACUAUUGUUCAGGAAACCUCUAAAUUAUUCUUUGAUAAAGCAUGUUCAAUGAUUGGAUUUUUCCCUCUUUUAUUUUAUUUUAUUUUUUACCAACCAUGUGUCUUAUUGUAGUUAUUUUCCUGGUUUUAUCACUUUGAGGUGUUACAUCUGUCAGCCACUAGAGGGAGCACUGGAUCAAACAUCAGCACUGAUCGAGUAGUUUUGCAAAUAGAACAACAAAUAASUAUAUACAUUUAUUUGUAAAUGUAUUUGCAGUUAUAACAAGCAUUUACCUUCACUCCAAAGCAGUAGUUUAAGAACUGUCCUAUUUUUUAACUCGGAGUCCCCUUCCUCACAGGUUUUCAGUGGCCUUUUAUCAUUUUAAUGCGAACACCUACAAAUGAACACACAAUUCUUAAGAAAAUUUAUGAGUGAUAAAAGUAUACUUUUAAGCUUUUCAGAAGCAUUAAAUACAAAAAAAMGUUGUGUUCAUUGGGAAUUUUUGUUUCUUGUUCUUGGUUAUUUAUGUAAGCUUUUUGCUUGUGAAAAAUUCCAUUAUUGAAAAUCCCCAUUAAUAUUAGAAAGCAUGGUCAGUUUAUUGGAAGAUAAAUAUUUCCUGUGAAUUUGGAUUGCGCUUUACAAACAUACCCUAAUAAAAGACAGAAUAAUG